AGGCGAAAGUGAUACCCAUGUCAUGUCUGACGUGCACAUGUGUUUGACUUGUUGGAACUUGCAAGGAAAGUGGAAACAGCUGCGCUGUAGACUGAAGUGUCUCCGAUCAUCACUGCAUGAUAAGAAAUUUUGAUGAAGAAAUUUUUCAUUGAUAACAAUUGAUGAUUACCUAUGAUUGGAAAGUUUAAUUCUAAGUUACCAUAGGUAUUAGGUAAUUAAUUUAUUAAACGUUAGAAACUGGUUACGAUUUCUUCUGAAGAAUGGCUGGUGCUGUCAAAACUGUGAAUUUAGACCAAUUUGAGAAGAAAUUCUUCCAUCAUAUGAACCAACUGCGACAGGAGAAUUUGUUUUGCGAUGUGCGGUUCAACGUCAACGGUACCAUCGUGCCUUGUCACCGGCUGGUUUUGGCUACCGUCUCGCCUUACUUCAAAACCAUGUUCAAUGGCAAUUUCAAGGAAAGUCAUUCAGAUACUAUCAGCAUGAAUGAUAUAGAAACCGAAACGUUCGAAGAAAUACUGAAUGCCAUGUAUACCGGGAGUAUCUGUCUUCAUCCCAGGAAUGCGUAUUUCAUCUUGAAAGCUUGCCAUUUAUUACAACUAGAAGUGAUGGAAAAAGCGUGCGUUUCGUAUAUCAUGAAAUAUCCGAAAAUCAACUACUUGGUUGAUGCCUGCGUAUUCGCCCGAAAUAUCCAUCGAGAUGAACUGUACUCCAAGUGUGUUGCAACAAUAAGCAACGAUUUCGUCGAUUACGGAAACACCGAUUCCUUCAAAAAAAUUCCUGUCGAUGUUUUCGAACGAAUUUUAUGCCAAAGUGAAUUCUGCGAGAUCGAAGAAGAAUCAGUAAUACUGGCUAUAAUGAAAUGGGCUAAAGAAAAUAAUGCCAGUCGCCAAGAUGUACAAAUUCUUCUCGAUGCAGCUAAUUUGAAAACCUCUAAAUAUGUGAGCACGUUGGUGAUGUCGGAAUUGUUUGUUACCUACGACAAGAAGUGUAUUAAUGAUGCGGGUAGUGAACUUACGAUUAGUCAAGACUUUGAUUGCAGCAAUACUGUUCUACCUUUGGCUUUGUAUUCGAAUGCUAUUGACGUCGAAACUGGACAACUAGGAUGGAGCGUUUUGAAAACAAAUGCUAGUUUUGAUAAGUACGUUUUAUCAUCUUUCUACCCCACGGAUUCUUUUCGGAAAGGAGUUUGUAGAGUUGGCACAAAGCUAUAUUGUUUUGAAUACUUCGAAUCAAUGGAAGAGAGAAAUGUUUUCUCGUAUUACAACGAAGACUGCAGCGUCAAAAUUUCUCUCACCUCGCCGGAAGUUUUGAUUACCGAAUUUGAAAUGGCAGCUGUUGGAACGUCAAUAUAUCUGAUGGAAAAAAGGCCUUCCUUUUCGGUUUGGCUUUUCAAUUGCGAGCUGAAUACUUGGCGGAAUAUCAUAAAGAAAAAUAAACUCGAAAGCGUUUUCUACAAAGUUUCUGCGAGCGCUUUUUCAGACGGUAUUUUUUAUGUAAUCGCGCGAACGAUAAACUCAGCUGGGAGAGCUUUAUUUGAUUCACAAAACUAUUUAUUCUCAAUCAACUGCCGUACUUUGGACGUUAAAGAAUUGACUAAAAUACCGCUGAGUUCGUACGAACAUUCGUCCAUUUGUGUAUUUGACGGUAGAAUAGCUGUAUUUGGCGCGAGUCAUUUCCGAAGUGUUGCGAAAAUGUUCAUGAUUUUUGACCUAGGAGGAUACCACUGGUCGACUGGUUUGAAGGAAAUGAAUGGCAGUCAUAUGCAUUCUCGAUUAUUUCAUCAUAAUGGUUCGGUGUAUGUGGUGGAAACUGGCCGAACUAUGGUCCCUAAUGAAAAAUAUGAUUUGAUUUCGGAUAAGUGGACUGAUUUACCUCAUUUGCCGAAGAAAAUUGCAAUUACGAAUACGAAUGAUGUAUUGGCCAUCAGAGAAGUGUUUGGUGUCGAAGUAAAUCCCUGAAGAAUAAUUUCUUUAAGUAGGUAUGGUCUGGCAAGUCUGGUGUUUUUUUUUUUUUUUUUGUUUAAAUUGCGAAUGAUGUUUUUAUUAUUAUGUAUUUAAUAAUUAUUGAUCUUCUGCGACUUCCUUAAUUGUGAAAUAUUUAAUUGUAAUUACUUUUUGAUACAUAAAAAAGUAACUCGUUUCAUGUUUUUUGUUUUUUUUUUCAACAUUUAUUUGUAUUUCCAUGAUAUAAGCUCUCGUGUAUCCUUGCCGAUGUAUUCAAUAAUUAUCGCGUGUUUACACAUAUCUUAGAUUAAACUGUAUAAAUUUUCAACAUUUUUUGUUAAUUAAGAUGGAAAUUCCUAAAAAUAAGCACCAUUGUAUAGGUAAAAGUAUUGGUCGAGGUAUUUCUUUAAAAUUUGAAUUAUUCAUUAAUUUGUGUUGUCUAUAUUGAAACAAUCUUUACUGACAUUGUU